CGUCGUUAUCGAUCAGUUGGAAUAACCAGCGCUCUCCUUUCGCAGAAAUACGCAAAGCUCAGAGCUUUUUGUCAGUGAAGUGUGAUUACAACUCAACGAUUCGAUUUGAAAAUGAGCAACAACCCGCAGGCCAUAGUGGCUAUUAAAGAAGAGCACAUCGUUAUCGAUGGGGUUCGAUUGAAGAAGAAGACAGCAGUUGUCGCUACAGAGCAAGGCGUCAUUACCAGGGAAGUGAUAGAGGCAAGUGAAAUCCGAAGCGGUCCUCCAAUUGUUCAGGCUAGAACAUCUCCUGCACUACCUCCACCUGGAGUGAUUGUAGUAGAUUCUCGACCACCUCCAGAUGACGGCUGCAUAGACACUUGUUUCAAGUGUGAAAGCGGCUACGAGUGGUACAGCUUAAGAGGGAAAGGUGUGUGCAUUGUCAUGUUGCUCCUUUUGGGUUACUUGAUUGGUGGAGUGAUCAUUUUGGCAAUAUACUUGGUGUUCUGUGUCCUGGCAUGCCUUUUUGGUUGUAACAACUCAGAUAACUAAGCAACACAGUUAAUCAGUGGUCUAUCAUGGAGCAGAAUUUAGAUUGAACCGAUUAGUCUAGAGCGUGUUCUCUGAAAGUUUUAAUCUAUACUAAUUGGGAUUCCCCAUCUUCGAAUUUCACUCUCCUGAGCCAAGCACCAGCGUGUUAUUUGUAGAAAGCUUUCUCAAAUUACAACUACUAUCUCAGGAGAUUCGAUGUUGGACUUACCAAUAAAAGUACAACUCAACUAUAGAUUCUGUACUUAGGUAGAAAAAUAAAAAUAUUGAACCUC